UCCGGUGAAAACAAAAACAAGAAAAUCACUUGUGGCGCCACCUGCACCAAAGAUGUGAAGAUGGCGGCUACGCUGUCUGACGAUGAGUUCCAGCGCUUACAGACGCAGCUUCUUGAACUGCGAAGCACGAACUACAACUUGGACGAAACUUGCAAACGGCAACAACAAGAGCUCUUUACCGUGAAGCACCAUCUCGAGGAGCACAGGAAGGAGCUGUCAAAACUCAACCAGACUCUGAGCCGUAGCAAGAAGGCCAAAGAGAUAGAGAAGCUGUUAUCAGACAAUGGAAUUCUUCAGCGCAAGCUGCAGAGCCAAGAAGACGAGUUUCGUCUUCAAAAUGAAACUCUCAUUCAGGAGCUUUCUGCAGUCGUCACACAAAAUGAAAACUUGAUGAAAAAGAUAGAAGAACUGGAGGGAACAUCGACACGCAGACGGAGCUCCGAAUCUGCAGCAGGUGAUGCCCGUCAAGAAGAGUUGUGGAGGCUCCAGGCAGAGAACUCUGCCUUGCAAAAAUCAAUUUCAGAACUGCGUGGCGACAAGGAACAUGGAGGUCGAAUCCCAGCCCUGGACCAUCCAUUGCGAGUGGAUGGUGAAGACGGUCUGUCCGAGUCCAUCAGCCCUCUAGAUGCGAGGAUCCAACUCAACAUCGAAAUUGAAGAGAAAACAAUGUUGAAGAACCAGAUGCAGCAAAUGGAGGCAAAGUAUAAAGAGCAGCUGGUAUCCGUCGAAGAACAAAAUGAGAAGCUGGUGGAACGGCUGAAAAGGAAACACGAGAGUUUUUUGCAGAUACAACAAGAAAAAGACAGCAUGUAUGCAGAAAACAAGAGGGCCUUUGAGGCCAUGCAAGUCACAAAGGACCAAGAAAUUCAGCAGCUGAAGGAACUAUGUCAGCGGCUGCAGACACAGUUGAACAAUGUGCAGCUGGCGCAGCAAGACCUGAAACAGUCGAGCUCUGUCACCAUUGAGAGGCUUCAAGACACAGUUACUGAGCUGCAGACAAAGUUGAAUAGUGCAUCUACUGAAAUGAUGCAACAAGUCAUAGCCGAGAAGGCAUCAUUGGAGACUGCACUUGCAGAAGCGCUGCAAAGGCAUGAGAGGGCAGAAACUGAGCUCAGUUCAGCCCUCAAGAUGAACGAGGAAAUGGGAGCCAGAAUCAUUCUCCUACAAAACACCAUAGAGGGCCUGGAAGACGCAUCGAGGAGCAGCGCAAUGGCAGCAUCAGAGGCUAACAAGGUAGCCGAGAAACGUCGACAGCUAGUGGAGGAAAUAGGAGCUCACCUUCUAGAAGAGGAAACAAAGCACAGGGAAGCAGUGCAGAAACUCACAGACGAAUAUAACACUACAACUCAGGCCCUUCAAGCUCAGCUGGAAGCUGAGAAGACAAAGACAGUUCGGUUGAAGGAAGCGGAAGCAGCUGUGGAGAAUUACAGGGCUGCCAUGCUUUCCCUGAGAGAAGAAGUGACAAACCUCCGGGACAAUGCGCUGCAGCACAUGAGGGACAUGCAAGCUGACAUCGACAGAUACAAAUCGGAAACGGAAGAGUGCAUGUCCACUUUUCAACAAGAUGGGGCCAAACUGAAAGCUGCAAUGGAAGAAAAAGUCAAGGAUUUGACUAUCCAGCUAGAGAUCUGUAAUAGUCAAAAAUGUGAAUUUGAGGAAGAAGUCAAAAAGCUGAAGCAGGAAAUAAAAGACAGCAUAGAGGACAGGAAGAUUCAAGACAAGAAAGGAUUGUCAAUGGUGAAAGAGUUAAAGCGUCAGUUGCAGACAGAAAGGAGGAGGGCUGACAGGCUCCAGGAGCGAUUGCAGGAACUGCUCAAUGAACCAGGCUUAGGCCGAUCAGAAGAGCUGUUCCAGCCAGUGAACUAUGAAGAGCGGCAGAGAGGAGAUUCAAGCAGUAUCGGCUCUUGGAGUUACGUUUCGGGCAACAAUGAAAACUCCAAGGAUAGCAGUAAAGAUAGUACAAACAAUAACAGCAAUGGGCACUCUUCAGGUGCUGAGCAGCAUAUUCCUGUCCGUAUGACAACACGCAAGCCAUCUCCGGGACUCCUGGAGCAAGAGAACAAUGACCUGCUGGGGCGCCUAGCAGCUCUUCAGGAGGAGAAGUGGGUUCUUGAAGAAAAGAUAAACCACCUAGAAGUCAGCAACUCCGCCAUGGCAGAGGACCUUGUCAGCAAGACAGCUAUUAUCCAGUAUUACUGCAUGGAUCACAAAUACGAGUCAGGCAGCACGCAGCAUAUGCCAAUGCCUGAUAAGCCUGCAGUGAAGCGCCUGGUCGAUUUCCUAAAAGACAAAGGCGACGAUAAUCUUAAGGAAAUCAACCGCCGCAUGCAGGGAAUGCUCGAAGAAACCCUAAUCAAAAACAUGCACCUUCAAAAGGACAUGGAGAUCCUAUCGAAGGAGCUACAUCAGAUACAGCAAGUGAAGAAUCCAGAAGUGAUAGCGGCAAAGACCUAAGGUCAUUCCAGCAUGGAAUGCCCUUGAGAUCUGAAGGCUUACUCAUGAGUCACAGGAACCCCAAAGGCCUUUCAAGAAAAGUACACCUAUCCCAAUGGUGUACAAAGUGUACAUCAUGACAUCUAAGAAUCUCUUUUUCAGAAUCGCUACUUUUUGGAAUGUGAGAUCAGCUAUCUCGUCUGUGACUCAAAGGGAGUAACCUCAAAUGCAAGGCCAGCCCAUGAUCUGCAUCUCACGGAUAUGCGAGACUCAGUGGCAGAUACAGGAUGGCCCCCCAAAAAUGUCACUUUAUAUACAUUGGAUUUCCCUCUCUCCUCUCCCCCACUACACGCUCCGCCAAAGAAACCGCUCCGCUCCCCCCAAACAGAGGGGGUCUGGACAACGCCAACUAGAUACAAAAGGCCUGCUUAUUGCAGCUACUCCUCCUCCUUCGCUACGUGGACAUACAUAGUCAGAAUUCGUCUGCUACUGCAAUUCGCCUUUCUGCGAAUUCAAGAACCCGCAAAUGAUUGCAGCUAACUUGGAACCUGCAGACCUGAAUAUUUGGACAAAGAGUGCAAGACACUUUCCAGAAAAUCAGUUUUGCGAAAGAUUGGGGCCGUUUGCGCUUUAUUUCCAAGUUUUCCCAUUUAGUGCGCGGGGACGUACAAUCACCACUCGCAGAUGACGGUGGUUCGUCUUCAUGGCCAUGACCUGUGAAAGCACGUUCGUGAUUCGCUGCUGGCGUUCCAAACAUGAUCCUGAUUGGAUGACUGUUAGUUGUUACGUCACGUCGGCGAGUAAGCAGGCUUUCUCUAUCUAGUGGUGUUGGUCUGGAUCCGCUGCUGGCGAGACUUCAGGUUCAAAUUAUAAACUUUGCCAUUGGAUAUACCUGCCACUCUAUUUGAGUAAGAUGUGCAGUUUCAAGUUUGCUAGUAGUUUUGCUCUAUCAUUUCUUGUCUGAACACCCAGAUUUCUUGUUCCUUCUGUAAUGCUGUGAAGGUAAUUGAAUAUUUCAUUCCGUGAAGGGAAAUUUUUGCACUUUAGUGUCCUUUUAAGCGAGAUCGGCAGUGCCUUGUGCCAGUGGUGCAAAGUCCUCUCUAUGUAUAAGGAGUCCUUCAGAGUUGUAAAGAACCCCUACUUCGAACGAGUUUUAGCUGCGCGUGUAUCAGGGGUGUCAGAUGUGUACAUUGUUUUCCAUUUUGUACCACUUAGACGAGUAGAUGCACGAUUUAUUUGCCGAUAGAUGCAGACGUUUUGUAGGUAUACUGUUUUAGAUCUGCUUCUACAAUUAGUUUGAAUUGUGCCCCAUCUACAAUAAUGGUUCGUUUCUGAACUUGAUCAAGUAAGUUUUGCUGAGUGCCUGCAAGGGACCCUCAAGAAUGACGAGCCUUGGUACGCAAUAAUAUAUAGAUUGUAUAUUAUUAGCCAAUGAGAGCAAAAUAAAGUGGAUUGCUUAUCCAAUUUGCA